UAUUUGGCUUUAAGGUCUUUAAUUUCAAUGAGGAGGAGCUCGAGGCACAGCUGUGCUCUGGAUGUGUUGAUGUCACCUUGAGAGGCCCAGGGGACUGUGGCAGGUGUGGUGACAGCUGUGGGUGGUGUCCCUGUGCAGGUGAAGGAGCUGGUCCUGGAUAACUGUCGCUCAGAGGAUGGCAAGGUGGUCGGUCUCUCCUCAGACUUUGAGAACCUGGAGUUCCUCAGCAUGAUCAACAUCAACCUGCUGUCUGUGUCCAACCUCCCCAAACUCAACAAGCUCCGGAAGCUGGAGCUGAGUGAUAAUAGGAUUUCUGGUGGCCUUGAAGUUCUAGCAGAGAAAACUCCCAACCUGACACACUUGAACCUAAGCGGCAACAAGAUCAAAGACAUCAAUACCCUGGAGCCCUUGAAAAAGUUGCCAAACCUCCACAGUCUGGACCUGUUCAACUGCGAGGUGACGAUGCUCAUCAACUACCGGGAGAGCGUGUUCGCCCUCCUGCCCCAGCUCACCUACCUGGAUGGCUUUGAUGCUGAUGAGCAGGAAGCCCCUGACUCAGACCCCGAAGCAGAUGGGGAUGCACUGGAAGAUGACUAUGAGAAUGGGGAAGAAGGCGAGGAAGAGGAGGAUGAUGAGGAGGAGGACGAUUUGGAUGAAGAAGUCAUUGAUGACGAGGAAGAUGAAGAUGAUGAUCUGGAGGGUGAAGAGGAAGAGGAUGGAGUAGAUGAUGAGGAGGAAGAUGAGGAGGAAGAUGGUGAGGAGGAUGAAGAAGAUGAAGCUGAGGAGGACCAUCGGUGUGGGGAGAAGAGAAAACGAAGUCUAGAGGAUGAAGGAGAGGAAGAUGCAGAGGACGAAGAGGAUGAUGAGGAUGACUGAUCCCAGCGAGCCAAUCAGUUUUACAGACUCUGACUGUGCUUGUCUUAACCUCCCCGUUGUGUCUGUGUGAGACUGUAAAUCCCUGUCUCCCACUCCUCCUCCUCCCCCUUUGUAUGGCUGCAGCGUCCACAAUAUAUUUUUUUAAGAUUUAGAAUACUGUAGGCAUUCAGGGGAAUCUUCCAUACAAGGCUCACUCUUUUCUCACAAGUAUCUCAUGACCAAAGGCUUUUCUCCGUUCGGUGGUUUGUGCAGCAGCUUGCAAAAAAAAAAAAAAAUCAA